AUGGACUACUCCUACCUGAACCAGAGCUUCGACUCCAUGGGCGGCGGCAUGGACCCGGGGCUCAACAUGCCCUGCUCCUACGGGGACCUCACCUCGUGCAGCCAGAUGUCGCAGGCGGCGUACCGCUACACGGCGGCGGCGGCGUCCAUGGCGCGCUCGUACAACCCGCCCGGCGGCGGCAUGGUGCACCCGGGGGCGGCGGGCUCGCAGUGCGCCGUGAUGGGCGGCAGGCCGCACGUGCAGGACGUCCACCGCGCCUCCAUGUUCCCGUCCUCGAUGAACCUGCAGAGUGGAUUGCCUUAUAAAGUUUAUCCUGGCCAUGAUGGUGUCCUCACGGAGAAACGGAAACAGAGGAGGAUAAGGACGACGUUCACGUCGGCACAGCUCAAGGAACUGGAACGGGCUUUCCAGGAGACGCAUUAUCCGGAUAUCUACACCAGGGAGGAAAUUGCCAUGAAAAUUGAUCUCACCGAGGCGAGGGUACAGGUAUGGUUUCAAAACCGGAGGGCGAAGUUCAGGAAGCAGGAGAGGCUGGCGCAGCAGAAGGCGUCCAACAACACGAACGAAAACUCGAAUCCGCCUAGUAACAUCAAGGCGGAGAGCAACGGGAACACCAAGAACAGCCUCAACGGGAAGGACAUCAAGCCCGGGUCGCCGCACUCGAGCAUCUCGACGACGCCGAACUCCAACACGAGCAGCAUCUCGAGCCACCAGUCUUCCAACGGGGUCGACGUCAAGCCGGUGAACGGAAAUGGAAAACUCAGCGACGACUCCAUCAUCUCCAACAACAACAAAUGGUCAAUGAGCCCCCAAUCCUGCAACACGGCACUGCUCGUCCACCAGGCCAACAAGGUCCUCUCGUCUCAGCCGUCACACCUCCAAUCCCACCACGGCUCUCACGCCGCCGCCGCCGCCGCCGCCGCCCUCUCCUCCCCCUUCACAUCGUUACUGGGCGCGAGCGGAGGGGCGGCGUCGUACCUGCUAGGAGACCAUCUGAAGCCGACAGCUGCGGCCAACCACUUGUUUUAAAAAAAGCACUACGGUUUAGGCAUAUUUGUGUCCUUGCGACGCUUUCAUGGGAUUAGCGAUUCAGAUCAGAAUAGAAUAACCUGCACAACCUUCAAUUAUAUUUAAACGGUGUUUAUGUUCGCGGAAGCUAAGAAUGGAAAUUUUAUGAUUAUUUUCCGCGGGUCUGGUGUUUUGUUCAGCGAGUGGCGGCUUUCAGAAUUCGACGCAGGUUGUCAUCCCCGCGACAUCGCGACCGUUUGAACGCGAGGUCCGAGCGAGCCGGAUGUGUUUGAUGUGGCGUAGGUCAGUUUUGAUAUAGUAGCCGGCGCUUGGUUCUUGGAUUCGCGAAGUAAAAAAUCGCCGUCCUUCGCUUAAAAUACGGAUGGCGGCUAAUUUUACCGUACGGACACCUGUACAUUGUUCUUUUUCGGGGAGCCGCCGCUGCCAAGUUGGCCGUCCAAUUUUUUUAUCACUUGUUUGUACAAGUUUUGUUUAUUCGAGGGGAUAAAUAAGGAGGGCAAUUAGGCUAAUGAAUGGAAUUGUUGCUGGUGGAAAUCGGGGUCCGGUGAAAGCGUCCGCACAGUGGAAAUCCGUCACACUCUAAAUUGAUUCGAAUUAUACGAUUGGUAUACGGAUUUUCUUGAGUCUAUAUUGUACAUAGGAUAUUGUAUACUAAGGAUUGUGUCUUUGUAUUUUUUAAGUGACUGUAUAUUUGUACAUAUAAGAGGAAUAUUUGUGUUCAUCUUAGCCGUGUAAUUUUCGAGGUUGUUCACAGUAUCAUUCUACUUCACCUUC